AUAGCAGUAGGCAGUUAGUAAUAUACCGAUGUGUAAUUUUUAAGUGACAUUUAUUUAUUAUUCGAUACUAGAUUGUCGAUACAAAUUGGUGUGUGAAAAAUGGACUCGCAGGAGGGUACUCAGUGCCAGAUCCUGGCCAUCGUCAUUCGGGUGUGUGUGUUUAGCGCGUUAACGUACUACACUGCCAAAUGGAUGAUCAAUGCGCUGGAUCCCAAUAAUAAGAUCCGGGGUAAGGCGAAAUAUGUUGCGGAAGAGCAGCUGCGCAAGCUGAACUCCUCGGCGAUUGGCGCGGCAAAGAAGUUUCGAGCCCGUGACUUUAAUGAGCACGAGAUGAUGAUUGCUUCGCAUCUGGUGACGCCUGAGGACAUUGAUAUCAGUUGGUCGGAUAUUGCCGGACUGGAUGGGACUAUUCAGGAGCUUAGGGAGACGGUGGUUCUCCCAGUGCGUCAUCGUAAGCUCUUUAGCCGAUCGAAACUGUGGCGAGCGCCCAAGGGAGUCCUGCUGCAUGGACCGCCUGGUUGUGGCAAGACCCUGAUCGCCAAGGCCAUUGCCAAGGAUGCUGGGAUGCGAUUCAUCAAUCUGGACGUGGGUGUGCUAACGGACAAGUGGUACGGCGAAAGCCAGAAGCUGGCCACAGCCGUUUUCACGCUGGCCAAAAAACUUCAGCCCUGCAUCAUCUUCAUAGACGAAAUUGAAUCUUUUCUCAGGAUGCGCGGUAGCAAUGAUCACGAGGCAACCGCCAUGAUUAAGACUCAGUUUAUGUUGCAGUGGGAUGGGUUAAUGAGCAAUACCAACAUUUGUGUCCUCGUUUUGGGGGCCACAAACCGGCCGCAAGACCUCGAUAAAGCCAUCCUGCGCCGUAUGCCCGCACAAUUUCACAUUGGAGUGCCGCGAGACUGCCAGCGACGCGAAAUCCUUCAGUUGAUCCUCCAGACAGAGCAACUGAGUCCUUCGGUUAAUCUGAAGGAGCUGGCCCGACUGACGAUUGGAUUUUCAGGAUCCGAUUUGCGGGAAUUGUGUCGCCACGCAUCCAUGUACCGUAUGCGCCAGUUUAUGCGCGAAAAGCUGAACACCGGCGAGGAAAUUGGAAAAGACAAGAUUGAAUGGGACUUCGAGGUAAAGGAUCAGGCCUUGCAGGAGUGGGAGCACUUGGAAAUUCAAAUGGAAGACCUUCUCAAGUCGCUGUCCGUCAUGAAGGCGUCGAAACAUCAGGCGCAGGGCACUUUUCUCGAAAAGGAUCUGGAGUUGGACUGAGGGUGCCGUUUUGGGUAUUGAUGAGCAUAAAAUCGGCAAUAAAAGCUUCGUUAUGUGCUUCAUC